AUGGCAAACUACUCAUCCCCCUACACCGGAUCGACUCCUGGCGAGGAGUACUACUACCACCAAGAACGAUACCAGUCGGCAACCCCAACACCCUCCCCGCGGGGACCCUCAUCCUACUACUACCCCGGCGCCACUCCCCAGCGGCCGGCCACUCGUGCGCACUUCCGCAACGCCAGCAGCGGCUUCAACGAGUUCAGUCCCCGUCCGCCGACGGCGUCGCCUCGAUACACGAGCGAUGGCUACUAUGCCACGGCAAAUGUGAGUAGUGGUCAUCAUUCGCACAAGCCUUCAUGGGCCACUCCGUCGCAACCAAAGCGCGAGCGCCGAGCUUCUUAUGUUUAUGUACGGGCCUCGACGCCCCACGGAGAAUCCGACGAGGACGAGAUCAUCGAGGUGGAUGGCCGUACCUAUGUGUUGCCGGCCCAGUCGUCGCGCCAGAGGACCAAGAGGCACUCUGUUCAUCAAGAAUCUUAUUAUUAUCAAGACGCCGGGAGAGGAUAUGCCACUGAUUACCACUAUCCCAAACAGAGCGGAUUCACCUACAUUGAGCGCGAGCCCCAGCCCUAUGAGCCUCCCCGCACCUCCCGCCCCUCGGCCAACACCCACGCCCGUCGCUCCUCGGCCUCGGUGCCCCAGCGGCCAUCCACGACCCGUCCCGCCAGCUCCCACACCAAGAAGCCUCCCCCAUCUCGCCAGGCUACCGAGGCGGAUGCCAAGAAGCACAAGAUCCCCGCGGGCUACUCGCUCAAGAACUGGGACCCUACCGAGGAGCCUAUCCUCCUGCUUGGCAGCGUCUUUGACUCUAACUCCCUGGGCAAGUGGAUCUAUGACUGGACCGUCUAUCACCAUGGGCCUGCCACUCCUAUUUCUGACAUGGCAGGCGAGCUCUGGCUCUUGCUGAUCCAGCUGGCCGGCAAGGUCAAGCGCGCCGAGGAGGUUGUUGACCGCGUCCGCAGUGCUGAGAACAGGGAGCUCAUCGAUGACUUCAUUGACUCGGGCGAGCGCCUCACUGACAAGCUCCGCAAGCUCCUCAAGACUUGCGAGUCCCCCAUGCUCAAGGCCGCCAGCAAGAAGGGCAACACGCAGCUCGGCAAGAACGCCGGCGUCGAGUUUGUCGAGACGCUCUUUGGCCGCGAGCGCGAGCUGGACAAGACUGAGCGUUUCAUGCAGGGUGUUCGUCUCUUCAACCUGAGAUUCGACGCCAACUGUGAAGACAUUCUCCGCAACCCUACGCAGUAA